UGCUAAAUGAGGACAGUAGAGAACAGCCAGAAGAGUUCAGGGAGCAGGACAACAGCAUCCCAUGCCUGGCGGCGCCGCUCAGCUGAUCGCCACAACAAACACUGGCCUGCUCUCAACAACACCGCCGCUUCUGUACGAAGUGGCAUUAAUAGAAGGAACCUCUCCAGAGAAGAAAAGCUGCAUAAAGCACAUUGAGACAAGGAUAUCCCAGAAUGGGUGCCAUCCAUGGCAAGGGACGUUUCCAAUGCAGCGGCUGCCACCAGGGCUUCUCCUGGCGCCUUGACCUGGCAAACCACCUCCAGCAAUGCAAGGCAGCCCUCCACAGGGAAACUAAAGACCAGCAGGCUGAGUACUACCUACUGGAGAUGUGUUUCUUGUGUGGACACCAACUAUCUGGCGUGCACAGUGAGGAAGCUUCCUUCGUCAAAGGAAUCCAGAAACUGUACCACUCCAAGCGACCACUUACUGAGGUGCUGGAAAUCAUCACAAGAGAUACAUCUCUCCACUCUUUGGACCAGCACACAAUUGGCCUGUGUAAGGAUUGCAUGAAUGCUGUCAACAAGUGGGACAAGCUGGAGCAGCAGGUGCUCUCCAUUGCCCAGUCUAUUCGGAGGUCAUACAGGUCAAAACGGAAAAGAAAAGGUGAAGUUAAACUUGUGGAAAAGAAAGUAAACAUUGAAGGUCAAGAAGCUGAUGGCAGUGAAGGUGAGAAUGAAGAGUGUGAUGAACAGACAGACCAGAUGCUGCCUGAAAAUUUGGACAGUCUUAUAAAGCAAGAAAACAUCAUGGAUUUCAUUGAACAGGAUGAAAAGUUUCAAGACUGUGAAGACAAAGAAUAUAAAUGUAACUGUGGUAAGUCCAUGAAGGGCCUCAAUGUUUUUGUGGACCACCAGCUGCGUGAAGGCUGCAAAGUCAGAACUAACCAGUAUCCAUGCAAGUUUUGUGGCUCAGUCUUUUCUGAGAAGAAACUGUUAAUUGCUCACAAGAAAGCUUGUACAGAAGCUUCACUAAUCAAUGGAGCCUACGAGUGUGACAUCUGUGGCCGAAGAUUCUUGGUGCGUGGCAGAGUAGAGACCCACAAGAGAAAUGUGCACAGCAUUGGCACAGCUGACCAACAAUUGUGCAGCUACUGUGGGCGGACUUUUGGCUCAGGGUACAACAUGAAAAACCACCUUGCCCGGGAGCACGGCAUUGGCCACGUGGAGGCUGUAAUGUGUGAGCUUUGUGGAAAGAAGUUUUCUGACCGGUCAAGUUUACGUAACCACAUGAAGAACAUCCAUGGGGAACGGAACUACGAGUGUGAGACUUGUGGGAAGAAGUUUGCGACGCCUGGGAUGCGCAACCAUCACAUCAACGAGAUGCACAACAACACCUACAACUAUGAGUGCAACCUAUGCGGAGAGCAGUUCCACGUCAGCUUCAAAUACAGGUACCACAUGCGCAAGAUGCACCACACUCUGCAGUACGCCUGUGAUGACUGUGGCCGCACCUUCAUCAUGCGCAGUGACCUCUACCGGCACGUGCGUGGUGUUCACAUGGGUGUGCGGGACCCUAAGCGAUACCCCUGCAAAGUGUGUGGCCGACUGUUUCCCAGCAAAUACAAGGUAAAGAGACAUAUGAGCAGUCAUGGAAUAGUACAUUCUAAAAAUGAUAAGAAUUCAAAAAAGCAUGAAGGGUCUGGUGAGGCUGUGACAGUUGCUGCUCCAGUGUCCAGCGAGGCAGAGUGUUCCUCAAGCCUCACUGAGGUGACAGCUACCAGUGAUGGCACCAGCAUUGAUGUUCAUCAGCUCCCUGUGUCUGACAUUUAUACCGGACCACACAUCACCACCCUCACACCAGAGAUUCUACAGGGAGAAGUCACACCUGACCUGGUCUCCUCAGAAACUAUGGUGGUUGGCCCCAUGUCCAGCUUGGUUGUCUCUGCCUCUCCCCUUGCUGAGAACAUAGCAGAACUUCAUCCCUCCCAGGACUCUGAAGCUUCCCAUAGCCACCAGACAGACCCCAGCGAGCACUUCACCCGUGAUGGCUCUCUAGUGACACAGGCAGCAUCCUCUUCCUCCCUCAUUCCUGUGCAGCAGAUGAUAGUGAUCCAGGACACUGUGGGGGUUCCAAGCCAUGCAGAGUUCACCCUCCCCACCUCAUCCAGCCAGGUUAUCACUGUCCCUCACUCAGCUGCCCAGGUGAUAUCUGUACCGCCAGUCUCGGGUCAAGUGCUGUCCAUUCCCCAGUCCAGCAGUCAGGUCAUUUCAGUGCCUACAGUGACAAGUCAGGUCAUUGGUGGCACUCUCCAUGCCCCUCAGGCAAACUUUGCUGUGUCGUUGCCUCAGCAGAGGACUCACAGUGACAGCAGUAACCACAAGCUCCCUACCAUCCAUUACCAGUAUUUUUCUUCUUAAACUGACUAUGUUAAGAAACCUGUAGUUUUUUUAUAUAAAGUGAAUAUCUCAUA